GAUUGACCGUGAGCAUGCGUGCCUUCUCUAAAGUGGAUAAAAUGAAAUUGAACAUGCGUAAUUAACCUUUCUGAGAAAAAACACGCACGCGCGCGCUCACACACGCGCGCGCACAACAAAACUUCUUAUGUGGGACAUGCGCAUUCCAUCUCAGUAGAUUUUUUUUUUUCCCCCUUAGGUGUUGAAAAUGAGGAGCAUGCGCGAUUUGAGAAGGUUGGACUUCAGUUUCAACAGAACUUGAAACGGUUGGUGCUGAGACUUUCAAGACAAAUUGAGAAGGGAGAUAGAUCUGCAGCUAUACUUCACCGCUCUUGAAGCUUCCUCCCGCAGGUGGAGUAUCUGGCCUUUUUCUAAGCUUCGUCUUUCUUGCCGACCUAGUCGUAGAGUUACUAAUUGUUUUUUGAGGGACUAGUUUGAUGGUCAGUAUGUCAAUAGUAACAGUACAACUUGGUCAGUGUGGCAAUCAAAUUGGUUUUGAAGUGUUUAAUACUUUAUUGAACGACUCACACAGUCCUCAAGGACUCUGCUGUAAAAGAGAGAAUGAGUUAUAUCAAGUCUCUUGCAAAGAAAGGUUCUUCAGUGAGGAGGAAAAUGGAGUUCCCAUUGCUCGGGCUGUACUUGUUGACAUGGAACCUAAAGUUAUCAAUCAAACACUAUCAAAGGCAGCCCAGUCUGGCCGAUGGAAAUAUGGUCAACAUUCAUACUUCUGUCAAAAACAAGGCUCAGGAAACAACUGGGCAUAUGGUUACUCUGUUCAUGGACCCAAGCAUGAAGAAUCUGUCAUGAACCUAGUCCAGAAAGAAGUGGAGAAAUGUGACUCUUUGAGUGGUUUUUUCAUUAUAAUGAGUAUGGCUGGAGGCACAGGGUCAGGACUAGGAGCUUUUGUGACACAGAGUUUACAAGAUCAGUACUCUAACUCUUUGAGAAUGAAUCAGAUUAUAUGGCCUUAUGGUACUGGUGAGGUUAUUGUUCAGAACUACAACUCCAUUUUGACUCUUUCUCACUUGUACCGAUCUUCAGAUGCCCUCCUUGUUCAUGAGAAUGAUGCUGCUCAUAAGAUCUGUGCAAAAUUGAUGAAUAUAAAGCAGAUCUCAUUUAGUGAUAUAAAUCAAGUCCUUGCACAUCAACUGGGAAGUGUGUUCCAACCUACAUAUUCUACAGAAGGCUCAUUUCAUUACAGAAGAAAUCCUCUAGGAGACUUAAUGGAGAGUUUAGUUCCCCAUCCUGAAUUCAAGAUGCUGGGUGUUCGUAACAUUCCUCAGAUGUCUGAGAGCUCACUGGCCUACAGCACGUUUACUUGGACUGGCCUCCUCAAACAUUUGAGACAGAUGCUCAUUUCUAAUGCAAAAAUGGAAGAAGGUAUUGAUUGGCAGGUACAGCCUCAUUUCUCAGGACAUCCUACUCUUGGUAAAAUGUCCCUCAACAAAGAGCUUCAUUUUAAUACUUCUAUUGCUAACUUGGUCAUCCUUCGUGGGAAAGAUGUGCACAGUGCAGAUCUAGGGGGAUUUAAAGACCCAGCUCUGUAUACUUCCUGGCUAGACCCUGUCAACGCCUUCAGUGUGUGGAAGACACAGCGAGCUUUUUGCAAGUAUGAGAAGUCUGCAGCAUUGGUCAGCAAUAGUCAGUUCUUAGUAAAACCACUUGAUAUGAUUGUGGGAAAAGCCUGGAGUAUGUUUGCUUCAAAGGCCUACAUUCAUCAGUACACAAAAUUUGGAGUUGAAGAAGAGGACUUUUUGGACAGUUUCACAUUGCUAGAACAAGUCAUUGCCAGUUACUGCAACCUCUGACCUUAAACAAAAAAAGCAGUCUAAAAAAACAAAGAGGAUUAAGUGCACGUGGCACAAAGCACAAGGACAGGUGUAAGGAUCCCAGUUGGAGCCCCCAGCUCCCCACCUGCAGGGGAGUCGCUUCACAGGCGGUGAAGCAGGUCUGCAGGUGUCUGUCUUUCACUCCCCUGUCUUCCUCUCCUCUCUUCAUUUCUCUCUGCCCUAUCUAACAACAAUAAUAACUACAACAAUAUAAAAAAAAAGAGGAAUGCAACCACAGAGAUAACUCAAGUGAUGGAGUACGUACAGGGUUUGAAUGCCUGAGGAUCCUGAUUGGAUGCUUAGUGUCGUGUAUAUCUACAAAAAUAGGAAGGAAGGAGCUGGCUGGUAGUGCACUUGGUUAAGUGCACAUGUUACAGUUUUCAAGGACUCAAGUUCAAGGUCCCAGUCCCCACCAGAGGGGGAAAGCUUGUGAAGCAGGGCUGCAGGUGUCUGUCUGUCUGUCUGCUUCUCUAUCGCCCCCUUUCCUCCAUUUCUGCUGCCUCUCUCUUUUCUCUCUCUCUCUCUAAGAUUUUAUUUACUUAUUAAUGAGAAAGAUAGGAAGAGAGAAAGAAAAAACCAGACAUCACUGUGGUACAUGUGCUGCUGGGGAUUGAACUCAGGACCUCAUGCUUGAGAGUCCAAUAUUUUAUCCACUGCACCAUCUCCAAGACCACCAUUUCUGGCGGUCUCCAUCUAAUAAAUAAAUAAAUAAAUAAAUAAAGAU